AUGAACGUGCUCAUGCAGCACGUGUCCCAGGAAAUCGAGCGCUAUCACUCGCUGUACAUCACGGCAGAAGAGUUGGACACCCGUGAAAUUCUGCCUUGGUGGCGGCAAACAGGUCGCAAGACUUUCCCGUACCUGGCACCGGUAGCGCAGCAAGUAUUCGGGAACCAGGCGGGUGCCGCGCAGGUAGAGCGCGACUUCAGUGGCUGCGCCAAUCUCCUCACACGCAACAGGAGCCGCAUGGACACCUACUGGGUAGAGAUGGUGAUGUUCCUCCACGCCAACUUCGAGCACAUCCCCGGGUUCAAGGACAUUCCCAUGAUUGCCGCGAAGGAUAUUCACACAUGUCUGCCGCCACGGUUCAACGGGGGGGAUGCUGACCUGGCGGCCGCUGAGGCCGCCUUCGACGUGAUUAAAAACACCGAAAUCGGGGACGUCGACCUGUGA